UUAUAUUGUUUGCAUUUAUUUAUUUAGCAGAAAAUGCUUGUCAUAAAAGAGAAAAUUAUAGAAUGUCGUUGAACGACCUCAAAUAUAAUGCUCAACUAAAUUCUCAAAGUGAGGUUGACAUGAAUGAUUGGAAUAAUAUAUUUGAUAUUUUAGAACAAAUCCAAAUUAAUCAACCAAAUUAUUUAAAACAGUUAAUUCAGGAAAAUCAGUAUUUAACUGACAUUCAAGAAAAUGAAAAUCAGCCGAUAACACAAGAAGAAGCUGAGUACUUGGAAACUUUAAGAUUUUUGGGUGAACUUCUGGAAAACAACAAUAUAAAAAAACUUUGUGUAGACAAUUCUAAAAAAUUCCAGGAUAAUUUUAAUACUAAAUUGGAUACUUUAAGCUACGAAAAAACUCCAAACAUUAAUGCAGAAGAUAAUUUUGCUCAAGAAACUGUUAUAAAACCAGUGCAUUUACCUAUGGAAAUUCAAAUUAAUCCAACUGAAAGUGAACUUGUAGAAGACAAAGCGCAAAAUAAUAAAAAUAUUGAAGACAAUUCUAAACUUAAACGAAGUUUAAACCAAUUAAAAAAACAAAUUUCACCACUUACAAAAUAUAAACGUGAGGAUACGAAGUCUCAAAAACAGGAAGAAAUUGUUGAGUUAGAAACAGGUAAAGGGGAACAAAAUGAUCAAAAGAUAAAAGAACGUGUUGUCGGUUCCAUCGAAGAAGUUCAAACAAAAGAUGAAGUCAAUUCAGAAACAGAAAGCCAAUUAGAGAAACCAGAAGAAAAUGGAGGUGAAGAAAUAAAAUAUGAUGAAAAACAACCAAAAUCUACCGUUAAACAUGGGAGUAAAGAUAAAAUCCAAAAUGACGGUAAAAAUUUCGAAUCUGAAAAGGAAAAAGAGAAGUCUGUUCGAGGAGACCAGCAAUCUAAUAGAAGUGGUGGAGAAACUGAUUCAAGAGAAUCCAGAAAUAAGGACGACGAUAAAGGAAAUGUUAAAGAAAAUUCACCCAAAGAACUACAUGAAAUCAUUAUUGACAGAUCAGAUAAUGGAAGAAAUAAUGAGAAUCAGAAGGAGGAAGAAAAGGAAAAUGAGAAAGAUGUUAAGAAAAACAACAAUGAUAAUGACGAUAAGAUCAAUAAUAAACAGCCUGUUUUAGAACAGCCUACUGACAAACAAGAGCAAGAACAAGAACAAGAUGAUCAAGAUAAAGCAAAAGAAGAUGAAAAUAUAAAAAAAGAUAAAUCGAAUGCAGAAAAAAGUAUUACGAACAAUGAAAAAAUUGAGGAUUCUAAAAGAAAUUCCAAAAAUGAAAACACAGAAACAGAAAGUAAAGUUGAAAAAAAGAAUGAAAAAAUAAAUGAAUCCGAUAAAGAUUUGAAAGAGAAUGUUGAAGUAAAAGAAAAUGUUGAAGAAGAUACAAAACAAAAUAAAAUGGAUCAAGAAGUGCUGGUGGAAGACGAAAAAAAAAGUAAACUAGAUAGUGAAAAUCAAGAUAAGAGUAAAGCAAUCAUUAAAGAAACUGAAGAAAGUAAUAAAAGAGAGAAAGAAUUAGUUAAAGAAACGGAUAAUGACGAUGAAGCAGGGAAUAAUAAUAGGAAUGAAGAUGAAAAAUUAGAUGUAACAAAUGUUUCUGAAGAUAAUAGCGACAAUAAAAACGGAAACAGUAUUAUUAAAGAAAAAAAUGAAGAAAUACCAGCUAAAUUAACAUCACAUAUAAUGAAAAUCCCCCGUAAAAAAUGA